UGUGACAUCACUCGCGUUUGCUUGACUAGAAACCAGAGAGCGAGGUUUAGGGUUUGGGGAACAAGUCCAGGAAGCUGCGUCAACCGAUAAGACAGAAAACAUAUGUAGCUUUAAAUAAGUCAACGUUUUGACACAUUCCUCUCUUAAAAAUUAGGUUUAGAACACAGCUCCAAUUUGUGAGUUUCUGCCCGUUGGUCCUCAGCAGGACAACGCUGUACGGCGUUUAGCCGUACACACCCUGACUCCUGGACAUGGCAGGUCUCUCUGGUCUAAAGGUCCUGCUCCUCUGGGCUGGAAUCAUCAGUUUUGUCAACUUUGAAGCAUCUGCACAGAACUCCUUACUUCCACGCACCACAGCAACUUCAACCAGUCUAUCUGUCACCACCUUACCUCCACGCACCACAGCAACUUCAACCAGUCUAUCUGUCACCACCUUACCUCCACGCACCACAGCAACUUCAACCAAUCUAUCUGUCAUCACCUUACCUCCACGCACCACGGCAGCAGCUCCCACGCUGUCAAACAUCAGUGCUUCCACCAAACCUCCACCCACUUCAACAACCCUCUCCUCAAACUCCUCACAUCCAUCCAUUUCACCUAACGUGUCUGUCAUUCCUCCUCCUGCAAACACCCCAAACCACACAUCCAGCAACCACUCAGUCUUUCAGACAAACACAACUCAAAACCCUACUUCUCCUCCAGUCACCACAGAGAAAACUACUACCAAAGCCCAACCACCUGCACAGUGUUUUUACACUGUGACAUCCAUUCCCUUUGGCCUCCGGAUUGACAUGAGAUUGAACUCUACUGCUGGUAACUACAGAAUAAAUCUCAUUGAAAAAGGCAGACUAAAGACUGAAACCUUCAACCUUCAGUCCUUGAAUCCAAACCCAGCACAUGAAAUCAAACACCUGAAGCCCUGCACCAAAUAUCAGUAUGAAGUUGCAUUUAUCAACAAUGAUGGCAGUGAAACCUUCUGUAACCACACUGAAGAUAAAAACGGAACAACUGAUCCAAUGAUUCCAACUGUAACAACAGAAGAAAUGCAUGAAGGUGAUAUUAAAGAUGGCGGCUCCACUCCUGGAUUUAUUUCUUUUCAAAGUGAUUGGGACAUCAGCUCCUCUCUAUCAACACCAAAUAAACCUCUGCAAUGCAUCAAUAAAAGCUGCCGUCUCAAACUGGAUUUUGAGGACAUUUGCUCAGAUUUUACAGCAACCUUCACUUCAGGAAACUGUGUGAACUCCUCUAUUAAUGUCACCAAAAGCAUCACUGUUGAUUUCUUAGAUCCAAGUGAAAUAAAACCGAUUGUUUCCACUGGACUCCCUGCAACUAUCGAACCAAUGCUACCUUCAAAUUGCAAAAAUCUCUCCGUUGAUUACACCUGUUCAGAAAAUGGAAACGUCAAUGAUUCCAAGGAACCGUCUGACCUGGAGCCUUUCACAGACUACAACUGUACUGGUCUGAUUAAAGACAACAACGUCUCCUUAGAUAAAAGAACUCCACCGAUCCACGUCAGGAUCGACUGUCGUUUCACAUUAGACAUCACAAAUAGAAAGAUAACCAACACUUCCAUUGAGCUGACCUGGACAACAACCAGUGACAACUGCCAAAAGGCCCUUCCUGGACUUCAGAAGCUUUCUUAUAACUGCAGCUGUGGGACGCAUAAAAGUACAAUUACAGGCAAACUGAUGCCCCGUCCUGAUGGAGGAAAAUGUAGCUUUACUGGACUCUCACCGUACACUGAACACACCUGUGACAUAGUUCCCACCUACAAAAAGGACGAAGUUGAGCACCGACAAAGAGUUUACCAAAGAACUGAUGCUGGAACACCAGAAGAUGUUAAACAUGUGACCCUGACUCUCCCAGAGAAUAAUGUGAUUACAGUAAGCUGUGACUAUAAAGGUCAUCUUUUUGGACCUAAGAAGAUAUACAGAGCACGUCUUAAUAAUGAGGAAGUACAUGAGAACAAGAAUUGUGACUUUGAAUUCAGAGAUCUGAGCUACUCUACGAACUACACAGUGGUGGUGACUGUUUUCAAUGGAAAGCUGGAGAGCAAACCCAAGAUUAUACACAUUUCCACCAAGUAUAAUGACAAAGCUCUCAUUGGGUUCCUGGUCUUCCUCAUCAUCCUCACGUCUGUGGCUCUGCUUUGGGUCGUGUACAAGAUCUACAUUUUGAAACGCAGAAACUUGCAGGAUGGGAGUGAAAACAUGAUGCUUAUUUCAACAGCAAAUGAUGAAGAAACCCUGCUGCCCGUUGAGCCGAUCGUAGCAGAUGUACUGCUGGACACCUACAAGAGGAAACUUGCUGACGAGGGAAGACUUUUCCUGGCUGAGUUUCAGAGCAUCCCCAGAAUUUUCUCGAGGUACACUGUGAAAGAGGCCAAAAAGACAUGCAAUGUCCCCAAGAACCGCUACGUGGACAUUUUGCCCUAUGACUACAACCGUGUCCAACUGAGCACAGGAAAUGGUGAGGCAGGAUGUGACUACAUCAAUGCCAGCUUCAUUGAUGGCUUCAAGGAAUCCAAAAAGUACAUUGCAGCUCAAGGGCCGAAGGACGAAACUGUGAGUGACUUCUGGAGGAUGAUCUGGGAGCAGCAGGCCUCUAUUAUCGUCAUGGUAACACGCUGUGAAGAGGGAAACAGGGUGAAGUGUGCUCAGUACUGGCCGACUCCUGACCGAGAAACCGAGAUCUUUGAGGAGUUUAUAGUGAAGCUGAACUCCGAGGACCAAUGCCCAGAUUACACCGUCCGCCGUCUCAGCCUCACUAAUAAGAGGGAGAAGAACUCCGAGAGAGAGGUGACCCACAUCCAGUUCAUGAGUUGGCCCGACCACGGCGUCCCAGGAGAGCCACACCUCCUCCUGAAGCUGAGGCGGCGGGUCAAUGCUUUCAAGAAUUUCUUCAGCGGCCCCAUCGUCGUCCACUGCAGUGCUGGAGUCGGCAGGACAGGCACCUACAUCGGCAUCGAUGCCAUGAUGGAAGGUCUGGAGGCCGAGAACAGAGUGGAUAUCUACGGUUAUGUAGUCAGACUCCGCAGACAGAGGUGUCUCAUGGUUCAAGUAGAGGCCCAGUACAUUCUGAUUCAUCAGGCCCUGCUGGAGCACAACCAGUUUGGAGAGACAGAGAUCAGUCUGUCUGAACUGCACAGCACACUGAGCACGCUCAAACAGAGAAACUCUGACAAUGAGUCCACGUUAAUGGAGGACGAGUUUGACAGACUUCCUACCUUUAAGAACUGGAGGACGUUUAACACAGGCAUCACAGAAGAAAACAAGAAGAAGAAUCGCUCUUCUUCUGUCAUCCCAUAUGACUACAACCGAGUGUUGCUGAAACUAGAUGAAGGACGCAGCCGUGAUAGCGACCCCGAUGAGCAAGAUGAGGAAGACUCAUCAGACGAAGAGGAUGAAGACUCCACUAAAUACAUCAAUGCCUCCCACAUUGAUGGCUACUGGGGCCCACGUGCCCUCAUCACAGCACAGACUCCACUGACAGACACCGUGGAUGAUUUCUGGUCGAUGGUUUACCAGAAGAAAGCAUCUGCUAUUGUCAUGCUUUCAGACUGCAGUGAGGGAGAUAAGGAGUCUGUGUACUGGGAUGAAGACAAGAAAACAUUUGGGGAAAUUGAGGUGGAGGUGGCGAGCACAGACACGUGCCCAGCUUUUAUCCGCCGCAACAUGCUCAUCCGGCAUGUCAAGAGGAAAGAGAGUCGGCUAGUGAAACAUUUCCAGUUCCUGAAGUGGGAGAGCAGCGAGCUACCAGAGAAACCUCAAGAUCUCACAGAUAUGAUCAAGGACAUUAAGCACAACUGCGGCGGCAGCAAAUCACAGAGGAGCAUGCUCACUGUGGUCCACUGCAACGAUGGCUCGUCCCGCUGUGGGGUUUUCUGUGCGCUGUGGAAUCUGCUGGACAGCGCUGAGACUGAGAAGCUGGUGGAUGUUUUCCAAGUGGUCAAAACGCUGCGAAAGGAGAGACAGGGGAUGCUGUCGAAGCCUGAGCACUACCAGUUCCUAUACAGCGCUCUGGAGGGCGUCUUCCCGGUCCAGAACGGGGAAGUGAAACCAGUGCAGGCCUCUGCAGCCGACUCCAUCCAGAUCGUCAAUGAGACAGGAGCAGCAGAGAAGCCAGCGGAGGAGAAGGCUGAGCAGCCAGCCAGCACUACCAGCAGCGAGCAGCAGGCGGCGGCAGAGAACACUCCUCUGGUGGCUGAGGAAGAGAAGAAAGACCCAAAAGAGGAGGAGCCUGGGAAGGAGUCCAGCGGCCCCACGGAGACCACGCCACAGGAGGACAGCAGUAACGGUCCCACGGUCACUGUGGAGGUCUGAGAGGCCGCCUGUGCCUUGACCUCCUGGGAAGGAGCGCUUCAGUUGAAUGCUUUUAAAGAUUACUUUAUGAAUGUAUAAAUGUUGUAAAGCUUAAACACAGUGUGGUUUUCUUUGAAAUUUGUUAAAGAAUUUGAUCAGAUAUUUUAUAUAAAUUUCCAAAAUAUGAUUUAAACUAAGUUAUAAAUGUUAGUUGAAAAUGUGUACGUGUGAAAAUAUUCAUUUCUAUGACCAAGAUUUGCUUUGGAGUUGCUGUUGUCAAACUAGGAGCCUUAGAUUUACUGUAUAGUGAAAGAAUUUUAAGAGCAGCAUUUUAAAUAUACAGUAGAAAAGUUGUUUUAUGUCCUACUGUAAUAUUGUGUUGCGUUUAAUUAAAUUUUUGUAUUAUUGUUCUUGCUAAAUGGACAGAUACCAUAGUCCCCAUUUAUAUAUAUCUGGUAUAUCUGAUUAGUUUACUUGUUAAGCUCAAAAUUUGUUACAUGACACUGUGCUUUUUUCAUUAAAAGAGACUUAUAAGAGUUUUAUUUA